CCGUCCAUACACGAAUAAAGUCAUUACGUUGUGGUAUCGACCUCCGGAACUGCUGCUAGGCGAGGAGCGUUACACACCAGCCAUAGAUGUGUGGAGCUGUGGCUGUAUCCUUGGGGAACUGUUUACAAAGAAGCCUAUUUUUCAAGCCAAUCUGGAACUGGCUCAGCUCGAAUUAAUCAGCCGGCUCUGUGGGAGCCCCUGUCCAGCGGUGUGGCCAGAUGUCAUCAAGUUGCCCUACUUCAACACUAUGAAGCCGAAGAAGCAAUACCGAAGGCGCCUGCGUGAGGAGUUCUCCUUCAUUCCUUCGUCUGCUCUCGACCUGCUGGACCACAUGCUGACGCUGGACCCUGGCAAGCGCUGCACGGCAGAGCAGGCCCUGCAGAGCGACUUCCUUAAGGACGUCGACCUCAGCAAAAUGGCACCUCCAGACCUUCCCCACUGGCAGGAUUGCCACGAGCUGUGGAGCAAGAAACGCCGACGGCAGCGGCAAAGCGGCAUUGCAGUGGAGGAGCCACCGUUAUCAAAAGUUUCUCGGAAAGAAACUACCUCUGUUACGAGCACAGACACUGUCAAAAACAACAGCAGUCCUGUGCACCCACCGCCUGCCCAGCUCAAAACAGAGACUGGUGCUGGAGAUGCAGUAGGCCUUGGAGAUAUCACCCAGCAGCUGAAUCAGAGCGAGCUAGCUGUUCUGCUGAACUUGCUGCAGAGCCAGACUGAUCUGAGUGUCCCACAGAUGGCCCAGCUGUUGAACGUACACUCUAACCCAGAGAUGCAGCAACAGCUGGAGGCUCUCAACCAGUCCAUCAACGCUCUGACAGAAGCCACAGCUCAGCAGCACGAGUCUCAGACGGCAGCAGCGACAGAGGAAGACAUAGAAAAGGCGUGCAUCCCAGAGAGCGGACUGUCUCGGACGUACAGCGCCGAGGGCUCGGAGGGGGGAUUCGCUGCCGAGGAGCUGAAUCCGGGCCAGACGCUACUAGAACCCUCUGCCCAACCUCUGGGGAAAAGCAGGACCUUCUUGGGCUCCGUGAGCCACCUCGGGGAGACGAGCAGUUACCAGGGCACAGGAUCUGUCCAGUUUCCAGGGGACCAGGACCUCCGCUUCGCCAGAGUCCCCGUGCACUCGGUCGGGCAGGCUUUCACGAAAGCCGAGGGGAGCAACAACACGCUGGUACAUCCAGAGGCCAAAAUCCAAAACUACGGCGAU